UUUGCGAAAAGAAUCUUCCAUCUACACUUUCAUUUGCUUUGGUCUAAGUUGUAUACGAUGGCCAAUACUCAAAAUAAAAUUUUAAAUCUUUACAGAAAUUUAAUACGAGAAUGUAAAAAAUGGAAUUCAUAUAACUUUAGAAUGUAUGCACUUCGUAAAGUAAGAUAUGAAUUUCAACAAAACAAAACAUUACAAGAUGAGAAAGAAAUCCAACAAUGUCUUAAAAAAGGACAAGAAGCAUUAGAAAUGAUUAAACGACAAGUGAUAAUAGGACACUUGUAUGCUACAAGACCAUUAAUAAUUGAAACAACAACUACAUCUAAAAAUAAACUUAAUAGUAAAUUUGUAUAAUGUAAUAUGUUUAGAAGUAUAAUAAGUUUGUAUACAUUGUAAAAAUUUAAUAUUUUUGUUAUAUAUGUUAUAGAAAUAUUUUAUGUUGCAAAUGAUUGUAAUACCUAAUAUUUUUUAAACUAAUAUAUAUAUAUAUAUAUGUAUGUAUACAAGCCACUAUAAAUCUAAUUACACAUACAUAUAGUAGAUACAUAAAAUUGUGCAUCAUUUAUACAUCAAGUACAUUAAUUUCUAAAUGUAUAAUAUCUGCGAACAAAAUGUUUAUUCAA